AUGCAGGGGUUUUAUCCUGACAAGAGGGAGGUACAUUCGGAUUUGAGAGUUAGGAGAAGAGGUUGUUGUGAUUUGUUAAAGGAAUUGAAGAGAAUCUCCCCACAAAUUAGUCCUCAGGUGAGACAGGAGGCAACAAAACUUGCUGCUGAUUGGAAGGCUAAGAUGACAAUGGCUAGUGACAAUGACUUGAGGGUUCUAGGCUUCUUGCGGCUUGUUACUACUUAUGAUUUGGCUUCUAUUUACGAUGCCAAGGAACUUAAAAGCCUUCUGUCUACUGUUUCACAAGGUAAACAAGCAGGUGAAGCAGCUGAUAUAGGCCGGGCCCUUGGUAUUGCUUCACCUGCAUCUCCUCAGACUUUACUAGAACCUGCAGAACUCAUGUUGGAUUGGAUGCAAACUGAAUUUUCAGAAUAUUGGACAAAAGCUGAUGUUUGUCUAGAAGCAACUUCGAUCAAGACUUGCAUUUUCGUAUUGGAGAAGCUAAUGAGAGAAGUCCCCCAUGUCACACCUCCUUUGAAAGAGGAUGCAAUGAAGUUGGCAUUCCAAUGGAAAGCAAAAAUGAGAGCUGAUGUCGAAAAUGCCUGGGAGAUAUUGGGAUUUUUGCACUUUAUAGCUGCAUAUGAGUUGGUUUAUACUCUAGAUAUUGAUGAGAUUGUAAAGCUUCUUGGGAUGAUUUCUCAGAAUAAAGAGGCUUUAGAAUUCUGUCAGACACUUCCAUAUGCAGAUAAGAUCCCUGGAGAGUUUAUCCACUGUCUUGUUGAAAGGAAGCAGCUGAUGGAGGCUAUUGAAUUCAUUUGUUCUUUCAAGUUAAUUAAGAAGUUUCCCCCAGCACCGCUCUUAAAAGAAUACGUGAAGGAAAAGAUGAAGUGUUGUAGAGAUGAUUACACGAAAGAGAAAAUAAAUGAUGGAAAGGUUAAGGUUGUGGACCUGUACGUUACUGAUCUAAGAGCUGUCAUUAACCUCAUCAAAGACUGUAACCUGGAGUCAGAGUAUCCAUCUUCAAAAGUUGAAAUGGAAAUAAGUGAACUGGAGAAAGUAAAGGAGAAAUGGUGCAAAGUUCAGUUGAACAAUGUGGAUAAAGAGCAGAAAAAAGGAACCAAACGUCGUAGCAGCACUCCUCGCUCUAAGUUUGAACCACGAGAGCAGACCAGUAAAUCUCAUCGUACAGUUGCAACAGCUCCUACGCCUUAG